CAGUCUGGACAGAGACAGAGAGAGUUCAGCUCUGUAAUGUUCUAAAGGCUCCAGUGGGAGAAGAGACUCUACUGAAAUGGAGAUGAAGUGUCUGUGUUGGUGGUCAGUGAUGUUUCUCUUGUAGAUCUGCUGUAAAUGAACACAGAUGAAGGUGGACUUGAACUUUCUCACUGAAGACGUCUAGACAAACCUCAGAAAAGCAUCUCCAGUGUCCAGCUGUGUGUGGAGAGUAAAACCUCAGUGAUGGAGCUUCAUCACUCCAGCAGUGGAGGAAGAACCUCUGAUUCAAAAGUGAAGCGUGCAGCAUCUCCAGAACCCAGCUGUGUGUCUAUGAAGAGUGACUGGUCCAUGGAGGAACCUCUUAAAUUCAGCAGAGGAGAAGGAGAACCCAGCUGUGUGUCUAGGAGGAGUGGCUGGUCCAUGGAGGAACCUCUUAAACUCAGCAGAGAAGGAGGAGAACCCAGCUGUGUGUCUAUGAGGAGUGACUGGUCCGUGGAGGAACCUCUUAAACUCAGCAGAGGAGGAGGAGAACCCAGCUGUGUGUCUAUGAAGAGUGACUGGUCCAUGGGGGAACCUCUUAAACUCAGUAGAGGAGGAGGAGAACCCAGCUGUGUGUCUAUGAAGAGUGACCGGUCCAUGGAGGAACCUCUUAAACUCAGUAGAGGAGGAGGAGAACCCAGCUGUGUGUCUAUGAAGAGUGACCGGUCCAUGGGGGAACCUCUUAAACUCAGCAGAGGAGGAGGAGAACCCAGCUGUGUGUCUAUGGGGAGUGACCGGUCCAUGAUGUUACCAGCACAGUCCAGUGGAGGGAGAGGAUCCUCUGACUCAGGCCAGCACUCUACAGUGGAUGACGUUCUUCACAGAGUCUUAGAGAGACACAAAACCAUCAUGAAGAACAAGUACGAGAGCUUAUUUGAGGGAAUCAGAACAGAAGAGAAUAAAGACAGGAUUUACACACAGCUCUACAUCAUAGAGGGAGAGAGUGAAGGAGUGAAUGAAGAACAUGAGGUUCUACAGAUGGAGAAAACAUCCAGGAGACACUUACAAGACUCUCCAAUCAACUGCUUAGACAUGUUUAAACCUCUACCAGGUCCUGGAGGAGAAACACAAGAAGAGAACAUUAGAGCUGUGAAGGCUGACAGUCUCAGACACAAAGAAAGAAAAGAAGAUAACAGACCAAAAGAGCCAGAGCUCAGAAGUGUUCUGACUAAAGGCAUCGCUGGAAUUGGAAAAACUGUCUCUGUGCAGAAGUUCAUUCUGGACUGGGCUGAAGGAAAAGCCAAUCAGGAUGUAGAGCUUGUGUUUGUGCUUCCGUUCCGGGAGCUGAACCUGAUUAAAGAUGAUCAAUACAGUCUUCAUGGACUUCUGUGUGACUUCCAUCCUGAGCUCAAAGAUCUGGACACAAAGAUUUAUGAUCAGCUCAAAGCUGUGUUUAUAUUUGAUGGUCUGGAUGAAAGUAGAAUUCCACUGAACUUUGAACAGUGUGAGAAAGUAUCUGACAUCACCAUGACAUCAUCAGUGGGUGUGUUGAUGACAAACCUCAUCAAAGGAGAGCUGCUUCCCUCUGCUCUGAUCUGGAUAACCUCCCGACCAGCAGCAGCCAAUCAGAUCCCUCCUAAAUACAUCAAGCGUGUGACAGAAAUUCAGGGAUUCAGUGACCCACAGAAGGAGGAGUACUUCAGGAAGAGGAUCAGUGAUGAAGACCAAGGCAAGAGAAUCAUCUCCCACAUUAAGACAGCGAGGAGCCUCCACAUCAUGUGCCACAUUCCAGUCUUCUGCUGGAUCUCAGCCACUGUUCUUCAGCAAAUCAUCAAACAGCAUCAUGCAGAAAUCCCUAAAACUCUGACUGAAAUGUACUCACACUUCCUGCUCACUCAGACAGACAUGAAGAAUGAGAAGUAUGAGGAAAAAGACGACAGAGACCCAAAGAACCUGCUGGAGUCCAACAGAACCAUUCUUCUGAAACUGGCUGAACUGGCUUUCAAACAGCUGAUGAAGGGCAAUGUGAUGUUCUAUGAAGAGGACCUGAGAGAGAGCAGCAUUGAUGUCACUGAGGCCUCAGUGUAUUCUGGGAUUUUCACUGAGAUCUUUAGGGAGGAAUGUGUGCUUUACCAGAGGAAGGUCUACUGCUUUGUUCAUCUGAGCUUUCAGGAGUUCCUGGCUGCUGUUUAUGUGUUUCACUGCUAUGAGAGCAAAAACAUGGAGGAACUGCAGAUAUUUAACCCACAGUACAGUGGGUGGUCUAAGAAAGUUCCUCUGGAUGAGGUUCUGAUGGGAGCAGUGAAUAAAGCUGUAGAGAGUCAAAAUGGACACCUGGAUCUUUUCCUCCGUUUCCUGCUGGGCAUCUCAGUGGAGUCCAAUCAGAGAUGCCUACAGGGUCUACUGACCCCAACACAGAGCAGCUCAGAGAGAACCAGACAGUACAUCAAGAGAUUAAUCAAAGGAGCAGAUAAAUAUCACCUCUCCACUAAGAGAUCCAUCAUCUCCACUGAGAGAUCCAUCAAUCUGUUCCUCUGUCUGUCUGAAAUGAGUGACGAGUCUCUCUCCAGAGAGAUUCAGGAGUCUUUAAUCUCAGAGAGACACUCAGAGGAGAAACUCUCUCCUGGACAGUGUUCAGCACUAGCCUGUAUGCUUCUGACCUCAGAGGAGGUUCUGGAUGAGCUGGACCUGAAGAAAUACAACACAUCAGAGGAGGGUUAUAGGAGACUGAUCCCAGCUCUGACUGUCUGCAGAAAAGCUCGACUAGCUGGGUGUGGUCUCACCACAAAUUCCUGUGAGAAUCUAUCAUCAGCUCUACAAUCUGUUAACUCAUCUCUGAAAGAGCUAGACCUGAGUAAAAAUGACCUUCAGGAUUCAGGUGUGGAGCUGCUGUCUGCUGGACUGAAGAACUCACACUGUAAACUGGAGAUACUCAGACUAGCUGGGUGUGGUCUCACCACAAAUUCCUGUGAAAAUAUAUCAUCAGCUCUACAGGCCAAAAACUCGUCUCUGAAAAAGCUAGACCUGAGUAACAAUGACCUUCAGGAUUCAGGUGUGGAGCUGCUCUCUGCUGGACUGAGGAGUUCAUUCUGUAAACUGGAGACACUCAGACUAGCUGGGUGUGGUCUCACCACAAAUUCCUGUGGGAGUCUAUCAUCAGCUCUACAAUCUGGUAACUCAUCUCUGAAAGAGCUAGACCUGAGUAACAAUGACCUUCAGGAUUCAGGAGUGGAGCUGCUCUCUGCUGGACUGAAGAACUCACACUGUAAACUGGAGACACUCAGAUUGUGUGGCUGUAUGGUUACAGAUGACGGCUGUUCUUCUCUGGCUUCAGCUCUGAAAUCAAACCCCUCCCACCUGAGAGAACUGGAUCUGACUUAUAAUCACCCACGAGAGUCCGGAGUUAAGCUGCUGUCUGAUCUACUGGAGGAUCCACACUGUAAACUGGAGAAACUACAGAUGGAUCAUGGAGGGAAGAUCAGGAUCAAACCAGGACCACAGAAAUAUGCUGUUAAUCUCACUCUGGAUUCAAACACAGUGAACAGUCGUCUCUCUCUGUCUGAGAGGAACAGAAAGGUGAAGUGGGUGAGAGAAGAUCAGUCGUAUCCAGAUCAUCCAGACAGAUUUGAUAGCUGUCCUCAGGUUCUGAGUGUGGAGAGUCUGACUGGACACUGUUACUUGGAGGUUCAGUGGAGCGAAAUCAGGGCUGAUAUAUCAGUAUCAUACAGAGGAAUCAGGAGGAAAGGAGACAGUAAAGACUGUGUGUUUGGAUUCAAUAAACACUCCUGGAGUCUGAGCUGCAUUAAUAACAGUUACUCUGUCUGGCACAAUAAACAGAGAACUGUCCUACCUGCCCCCCACUCCCCCUCUAAAAGAGUAGGAGUGUAUCUGGACUGGGGGUCCGGCACUCUGUCUUUCUACACCAUCUCCCCUAACACACACAUACUGACCCACCUACACACACUCAGCACCACAUUCACUGAACCGCUCUACACUGGAUUUGGAGUUUAUUAUAACUCCUCAGUGAGUCUAUGUGAGAAAGAAUAA